AAAAUUAAACCAACUUUAUCGCCAAAAUCGAUUAUGUCAGAUUUUGAAAUGGGAUCUAUUAAUGCAUUUAAAGAAGUAUUUCCAAAUUUAAAACAAAAAGGAUGCCACUUCCAUUUUUCCCAAUGCAUUUGGCGUAGAAUACAACAAAUUGAAUAUAUGGCACAAAAAUAUAUAUCAGAUUCGACAUUUUCAUUACAGGUACGGCUCUUAUUAGCAUUAGCAUAUGUACCAGAAAAUCAUGUGAUAGAUGUGUUCGAAGAACUCAUAGACUCACAAUACUACACCGAUAAUGAGAACAUUUUACGACCAUUAAUUGACUACUUUGAAGACACCUGGAUAGGCCGUCCAAUGGGUCGAAGAAAAGGUCGUAGAUUACCGAAAUAUUCAAUUAGUUUAUGGAAUUGUUACGAAUCGGCGAAUACCUUAUUACCAAGGACUAAUAAUGCAGUAGAAGGUUGGCAUAAAGGAUUCAGUUCAUUACUUGGGGCAUAUCAUCCAACCAUAUGGAGAUUUAUUGAUGUGUUGAAGGAACAGCAAUAUUUAUCGGAAAUUAAACGCCAACAAUUCAUUGCCGGAGCAAAAAGUUUUAAUCAAAAAAAAAUCUAUAAAAAUUGUUCAGAAAAAAUUAGAAGUAUCACUUCAUCUUAUAAUACUAAUGACAAUAUUAAUUAUUUGAAAGGUAUCGCAUAUAAUUUGAGCUUACAAAUGUAA